AUGAGGGCCAUUUAUGAAAAUUCCACUGAUUUCAUCCUCUUGGGCCUCAUCACCCAUCCCUUGUUCCCUGGGGUUAUUUUUACCGUGAUCUUCUCCAUCUUUGUGGUGGCUGUAACAGCGAAUGUGGUCAUGAUUCUGCUCAUUCAUGUGGACUCUCGUCUCCACACACCCAUGUACUUUUUGCUCAACCACCUCUCCAUCAUGGACACAGUGUACAUCUGCAUCAUUGUCCCCAAGAUGCUUCAAGACCUUCUGUCUAAGGAAAAGACUAUCUCUUUCCUUGGCUGUGCAGUUCAGAUAUUCCUUUAUGCAACAGUGGUUGGAGCAGAAUUCUUCCUGCUAGGCCUCAUGGCCUAUGACAGAUAUGUGGCUGUGUGCAAUCCCCUCCGAUACCCUGUUCUCAUGAACCACAGGAUUUGCUUAUUUAUGGCAGUGGGAUCCUGGUUUGGUGGAUCAUUGGAUGGAUUUAUUUUGACUCCUAUCACCAUGACAUUUCCUUACUGUGGGUCUCGAAAAAUCAAUCAUUUUUUCUGUGAGAUCCCAGCUGUGCUGAAGCUCUCAUGUAAAGUCACACCUCUUUAUGAGACCCUCAUGUAUUCCUGCUGUGUGCUGAUGCUGCUCAUUCCUAUAUCCAUCAUCUCUGUUUCCUACACACAGAUUCUGAUUACUGUUCAUCGGAUGAAUUCUCCUGAGGGUCGUCGCAAAGCCUUUGCUACUUGUUCUUCACAUAUUAUUGUGGUGAGUGUUUUCUAUGGGGCAGCCUUAUACACCUAUGUGUUGCCCAGUUCUUACCACACACAGGAGAAAGACAAAGUUGUGUCAGCCUUCUACACCAUCCUAACUCCUAUGCUCAACCCACUCAUCUAUAGCUUGAGAAAUAAAGAUGUGUCAGCAGCUCUAAGAAAAAUGCUGGGCAGAUUCACGUCCACUCAUUUUGUUGGGGUGGUGGAUGUAUCUAUAAAACAGUAA